AUGCCGCGCCGUAGGGCCACGACGCUCACGACCGCCGUCGACCCGCACGAAACCACCUCCAGCACCUCGGGCGACCUCGCCAAUCUCGACAGCGUCCAGAUGACGACAACGGCGUCCUCGACCGACGGCAACGGCGACGGUGGACGUGAAGGCGACACCGACAGCAAGCACAAGGUCCUCGACAACUCGGACACGGCUACGUCCAAGCCCAAGAAGCGCAAGCGCAAGCGCGACCUCGACUCGCACGCCAUCAGCAACAAGGUCGAGCGCAAGCACACGCCCCAGCAGACCGCCCUCUUCAAGCUCCCGAUCGAGCUCCUCGACUCGAUCUUCUCGCAAGUCGGCUCGGACGACCUCUUGUCGCUCACCAAGACGUGCAAGGUCGUGCGCGCCCUCCUCCUCGGCGCGCACGCCGCACCCAUCUGGAAGGCGGCUCGCGAGCAGCGCAAGCUCCCGCUCCCGAGCAGCAUGACCGAGCAGCAGCUCGCCGAGCUCCUUCACGGCAAGGAGUGCUACGCCUGUAGGUCGACCUCGUCGACCGAGCUUUACUACGACUUCCGCUGCCGCCUGUGCCACACGUGCGAGGGCAAGGAAAUCAUUCGCGGCGACAAGCCCGCCGCGAGCUCAAGGGCGUUCACCCUCGUGCUCGCGGCUGGGUCGCCUUCUUCGACUAUGGGAUCUCGUGGGACGGCAAGCCCCAGAUCGACUAUCUCGUGCGUGACCUGUGGGCCGUGAGCACCACCCUGUACGAGCUCGCCGAGCAGGACGAGGUCGCCGAGUACGCGCUCGAGGCGGCUCGCCUGCGCACGUCUACGAGGUCGAGGCGCAUCAAGACGGUACUCGAGGACCUGCCUCAAGCCGAUCAGCUCGAGACGUUCGUCAAGCGCAGGAAGGAGUGGGUCGAGAAGGAGCUCGAGGAGAUCGAGGCCGUUCACGACGUCGUCAGCAAGGAAGAGUCGGCUGCACUUCGGCUGAUCUGGGCCGAGGAGGCUCGUGUGCGGGAGGAGGAGCGCCAGAAGGUCGAGAGCUUUCACGGACGCCUUCAGACCGAGCACGACUGGACCGAGGAGCAAGUCGAAUGGUACGACGACCACGACGAGCACGAGCGGGUCCCAGCUGUGGCGCUCGACCAUGACGCCGACGCCUGGGCCGACUUCCGCGACUGGAUCCAGGCCGAACUCGAGCGCGAGGCGGCCGAGACGGCUCUCCGCAGAGCCCGUUCUGCUCGUCGCGCCGCUCUCGAGCCCUACUACCGCAACUUUGCGAACUCGUUCGACUCGGAGGAGAAGCAGAUCUUGCCGUCGUUCGACGACAUCGUCGACUGGCCCGUAUUCAAGCCGCUGUGGGAGCCCGUCGACGCCGUCACGAUCACCGACUCGAUCUGGCGCCGUGUCCUGCCCGACAUCUGCAAGAGCUUCGAGCAGUACCAGGAGGAGAUCCGCGUCGAGGCCAUCCGCGCCAUUCUCGCCGCCACGAGGGGCGUGCGCAUCGACAGCCUGUCGACCGACCCGAGCGACUACCCCGAGGACGAGUACGACGACGACUGGUUCGCGCGGCCGACGCACCUGUUCCUCGGCUCUCGCCGCGACCCGCACCAGAGCAUGACGUUCACGAACCUGUUGCCGUACCCUGAGACGCUGUGGCGCCACAGCGGCGGGCACGACCUGCGCAUCUCGAUCAAGUCGCGCAUCGACGAGCACCAGGUCCUGCUCGUGCGCCUCGUGCUCAAGGCGAUCGAGGUCGACGAGGAGGACGCCGUUGAGUGGGACCUCUCGGCGUGCGGCAGCUGGUGGAGGUGGCGCAACAACCCGUACAAGGCGCGCAAGGAGCGCACCCGCCGGUACAACUGGGUCGAGCUUCUUGCCGCCCUGCGCCGCCGCGGUCCCAACAUCACGAGCCUGCGCAGCGGGUACAACCUCCCCAAGAUCGACGCUCGCGGCGACGACGAGGAGGACGAGGAGGAGAAGGACGAGGAGCAGGGCGGGACGAGCGAGGACGAGCAGGACGAGCAGGACGAGUAGCCGAGCGCGCUUGAGGGUUUGGCUCGAGGAGUGCAGGAGAGGUUGACGGCCGUAGCUUGACGAAGAUGAACGCUUCUCUGUGCC